AUGAGGUUACUUGUCACACAGGAAAUAAAGUGUGCUGGAUGUCAGAGGGUCGCUUGCUCUACCGCCGAUCCGUUAACGGGGACAACAACUGAGGGGGAUAGCCCAAAGCCACCGAAAUCACCAUCUCUUAAAACACAGAUCAUGAAUUCUCAAAAUGAUGGCAGGAGAGAGCAUUGGAGUUACGGAGGAGACGGUGGACGUCCGGCAUCGUAUGCAUCUUCGAAUAAUCAGGCUGAUAAGACACAAUCACAAUUCCAAUCGACAUCGAGGUCCGAGGGGGAGUCGUCAGAAAAAAGAUAUAAUGAAAGUCCUCGAGCAUCUUAUGGAGAUCGGAACUCGACAUCAUCUAAUGAUGGUACAAACGAUUAUUCCGAAGAUCAGUGCUCAAAUGUUGGACAAUACAGCAAUAGGAGUAUUAGGAGUUCUUACGGCCCGGUCCGGAAACCUUCAUUGUCACCCACAGAUUAUAGGUUAGACCUGUGCUAUGGAGCGAGUGGAGGGUCACGCACAUCGAGCUCUUUGGCAAGCUGUUCAAACUGGGUAUAUAAUACAUCAUUAUCUGGACUUUCACACAUAGAACAACGCCCACUAUCCAUAAGCGAUUCAUACUCUGUCGAAGAGAAAACGUUAAAAGAGAAUAAACAUUCAGUCCCAGUUGGUUUAGGCAAGGUGGAAAAUGGGCAGACAACUCCUAUGUUGGGUUAUCGGGGGAGUACAAGCUCCACUGAUCUAAUAUCCGGAAGAUUCGAGCCGAGAAGACGCAGCAAUCACUCGGCUCAUCUAAAUUCAUCCAUGGUAGAGCUUGAGAUUGAAAGGCACCCAGGGCCAAUACUGGUUUCUGAUUCAGAAAAGAGCAUCCGCAACAGCAGCUCGGAUAAACACCUUGGAAAGCGCAACUCAAUGCAUCGAACAGCCCUUUCUCGGAGUCAUAACCAGAAAAUUGAGCAGCAGGAUGAGCAGGAGCAGCAGCACGAAGCUGAAAUUAUUAACGCUAAAAGAAGGAAUAGUUUAAAUUCCGAUUUUGAAGUAGUGCCAACUGAGGAAGAGGUUCGAAGAGCACGAGAAAUUUGGAACGAGUCACAGGGAAGAAAACCACCAAAUGGCCGCGAGGACCAUAUUCUCAUCCAAUGGGCCCGAAAUAUCCUUCGAGCACAGGCGAAUUGGGAGAAACUGGGAUACAAUAAUCCUCACACAAGAAGCUUGUCACUUCUUUCAUUGCAGCCCCUUCCAAGGCCAGUGAAAGAAGAACCAGAGAGUGACUCUCAAGAUGACCAACUCGAUGAAACUUAUUCUCCAUUAUAUAAUUCCCCCGGACUCCGAGGAAGCUUAUCACGAAGCACUGAUCAAGUCCCGAUCGUGCGUUCAGAUAAAACGUCAACCCACCGAGAUGAGCCAUCACCAACAACAGUGGCAGACAAGGAAGGCUUAGGCGGCAAGAUCAGCGGAAAGAAUCUUUCCACAGGCAGGGCAAAAUCGUCAAAGAAUCUUCUACCAAGAUACAAAAAUAUUAAUAAACGAUGUAUAAGAGCCCUCAAGAAUAUAACAGGAAAGACAUUGCGUGUUCCUGUGCCCCAUUUACCACUAUCUGUGCCUCCGUCCCCUGCGCCCGUUCAGACAUCAUCUCCUCCAGUUUCAUCUACCACGCAAUCUCAAUCUAUUGGUACUUCUACCGGUGAGGUUUAUUCAACAUUAGACCCUAACGACCACGUUCUUGAAGGACCUCGAUCCUUCGGUGUUAUUCAUGAUUUUUCAGCCAACGAAGAACCGCUUCGGCAAGCGGAAAAUGAUAUUGCCGCCAGCAUUGGGUUCAUGACUAGUCCCUUAGUGGAGAUACAAGUUCAACUAAGGCAGGACUUAUUUUCUAGAGGACUUGCGUAG